CAUCUUGACAAAGUUCCGGUACAGCAGGAGGGGCUUCCUCAGAUGAUUUCCGUUGUAGCCUAUGUUUUUUGACAGUCAGUGACGAUUGACGGGAGUCCAUCAGCUCAGUAGCCAUUGAUGGACCACCCCUAUGAAGAAACAGGGUCACAAUGGGACAGAGUACCUCGGAACAAGAGGUCCAAGGAGACAACCCUGAGGACGGGUUUAAUAACAUCAAGACAUUUGUGGAGGAGGAACUACAGACAAGCAUGAUGGUGGGCGUGGUGAUUGGUGCGGGCAUAGCCAUAGUCCUCAUCGCCAUCCUCAUCUUCUUCAUCUUGCGGAGGAUGAAGCGUCAAAACAUCGAAGCUCAGGAGGCACCCAAAUACAGAUUUCGCAAGAGGGACAAAGUCAUGUUCUAUGGGCGAAAGAUCAUGCGCAAAGUCUCACAGUCUACCUCUUCUCUGGUGGGUACAUCCUCCUCCUCUCGGCCACGCCUAAAGAAGAAGCAGAAGAUGCUCAACAUUGCCAAAAAGAUCCUGCGCUUUAAGAAGGAGGUGCCCAUCCUGCAGGCCAAGGAGCCCCCUCCCUCAGUGCUCGAGGCUGACCUCACCGAAUUUGAUGUUGCCAACUCCCACCUACCCUCUGAGGUGCUCUACAUGCUCAAAAAUGUCCGUGUGCUGGGUCACUUUGAGAAGCCCCUCUUCCUGGAGCUGUGUAAACACAUGGUGUUUGUGCAGUUCCAACAAGGGGAGUACGUCUUCCGGCCGGGCCUGCCUGACAGCAGCAUCUACGUGGUUCAGGAUGGAAAACUAGAAUUGUGCCUUACUGGAAUUGAUGGCAAAGAAAGUGUUGUGAAGGAGGUUUACCCAGGAGACAGUGUCCACAGCCUCCUCAGCAUCCUGGAUGUCAUCACGGGCCACCAGAAGCCUUACAGAACUGUGUCGGCACGGGCUGCAGAGGUUUCCACUGUUCUCCGUUUACCUGUAGAGGCUUUCCUCUCUAUAUUUGAGAAGUACCCCGAAAGCCUGGUUCGGGUAGUACAGAUUAUCAUGGUUCGUCUCCAAAGAGUGACAGUCUUAGCCCUGCACAACUACCUGGGGCUCACCAAUGAACUCUUCAGCCAUGAGAUGCAGCCCUCACGUCUGCCACCUCCGUCUCCCCACCCAAGCCGCACCAGUCCCACCCGGCAUGGCAAACGUUUUGGCAGCCUGACCGUUACAGAGGAGCAUCGGGAAGCCGCCAUUAAGGGUGAAGCUACAGGAGGAGAACAAGGGAAGGAUGGAGCAACAGUGCCAACUCUUAGCAGGGCUAUCUCCAUGCCUGCGGACAUUGCUGGGAUGCAGAAAAGUCUUAGAUCGGACUUUGACAUGGCUUACGAAAGGGGACGGAUCUCUGUCUCUGCAGAGGAUGGAAACACUCCUACGUUUACUAAGUCUGUAUGUCAAGACCAGCGGGAGCGGAGGGUGACAGUAGAUGAGGUUCCCUCAGGGAUUUAUCUGUAUCCGGAGGAAGAGUCGGGAGGGGACAAUAUCUCCACACCUGUGUCCAGUCGAUCCAAUGCUGCUUUGUUUGAGGAAGCUCAAAAAGAGAUCCUCAAACUCAUGAAGAUUGAGGACCCAUCCUUGUUAAAUGGGAAAGUGACUCUGCACCAUGCAAAAGCUGGAGCUGUCUUAGCAAGACAGGGUGAUCAGGAUGUGAGUCUACACUUUGUCCUUUCUGGUUGUCUGCACGUCUACCAGCGGAUGAUUGACAAGCAGGAAGCCGUCUGCUUGUUUGUGACCCACACGGGGGAGAUGGUGGGCCAGCUCGCUGUGCUCACCGGAGAGCCCCUCAUCUUCACCAUCAAGGCCGUCCGAGACUGUACUUACCUCAAGAUCUCAAAGUCAGAUUUCUACGAGAUCAUGAGGGAACAGCCCAGUGUGGUGCUGAGUGCUGCUCACACGGUGGCCGUCCGCAUGUCCCCUUUUGUCAGGCAGAUGGACUUUGCUAUUGACUGGAUGGCUGUGGAGGCUGGCAGAGCCCUCUACAGACAGGACGACCAGUCAGACUGCACCUACAUUGUUCUGAAUGGACGUCUACGUUCAGUCAUCCGCAAGACAAAUGGCAAAAAAGAACUAGUUGGGGAAUACGGCAGAGGAGACCUCAUCGGGGUGGUGGAGGCCUUGACCAGACAGCCAAGGGCCACCACCGUCCACGCUGUGAGAGACACAGAGCUGGUCAAACUGCCCGAGGGAACACUCAACAACAUCAAAAGACGAUAUCCCCAGGUGGUGACGAGAUUGAUCCACUUGUUAGGCCAGAAGAUUCUGGGAAACCUGCAGCAGGGUCGCGGGCCCUUCUCAGGGUCGGCCCUGGGUCUGCCCAGCGUGACAGCCAGCACUGAUGUCACCAACCCUGCCAGCAACCUCUCCACUGUGGCUGUCCUGCCUGUAUGUGAUGAGGUGCCCAUCAAUGCAUUCAACAUGGAACUCAGCCAUGCCCUCAGUGCCAUUGGGCCCACUCUGCUUUUAACCAGCGAAAUAAUCAAAGAGCGACUGGGUGCCUGUGCUUUGGACUGUAUCCAUGAGUACCGUCUCUCCGGCUGGCUGGCCCAGCAGGAGGAUAUCAAUCGGAUUGUCCUGUACCAGACUGACAACAGCAUGACCCCGUGGACUCAGCGCUGCAUUCGCCAGGCUGACUGCAUCCUCAUCGUCGGCCUGGGGGACCAGGAACCUGCCCUUGGAGAGUUGGAGCAGAUGCUGGAGAACACAGCAGUUCGGGCUCUGAAACAGCUGGUCCUUCUGCACAAAGAAGAUGGGCCUGGCCCCUCCAGGACGGUCGAGUGGCUCAACAUGCGUAGCUGGUGCUCCGGGCAUCUCCAUCUCAAGUGUCCCCGCAGGGUCUUCUCCAGACGCAGCCCCAGCAAAAUAAGGGAUGUAUAUGAGAAGGUGUUUGAGAAAACGGCGGACAGGCACAGUGAUUUCUCUCGGCUGGCCCGAGUCCUGACAGGAAACAGCAUCGCCGUGGUGCUGGGAGGAGGUGGAGCCAGAGGCUGCUCUCAUGUGGGUGUGAUCAAAGCUAUGGAGGAAGCGGGGAUUCCUAUUGACAUAGUGGGUGGGACCUCAAUUGGCUCAUUCAUUGGCGCUCUGUAUGCUGAGGAGAGGAGUGCCGUCAGAACCAAACAGAGAGCUAGAGAGUGGUCCAAGGCAAUGAACUCAGUAUUCAAAACAGUCCUGGACCUGACCUAUCCCAUCACCUCCAUGUUCUCGGGUUCUGCCUUCAACACUAGCAUCUAUAAAGUAUUCCAGGACAAGCAAGCUGAGGACCUAUGGCUGCCAUAUUUCAACGUCACCACUGACAUCACAGCCUCUGCCAUGCGUGUUCACCAAGAUGGUUGCGUCUGGCGAUAUGUUAGAGCCAGCGCCUCCUACACCCCCUAUUUACCUCCCCUGUGCGACCCCAAGGAUGGCCACUUGCUUGUGGAUGGUUGCUAUGUUAACAAUGUCCCAGGCUCUCUGUGGCGCUAUGUGCGGGCGAGCAUGACCCUCUCGGGGUACCUGCCGCCUCUCUGCGACCCCAAAGAUGGCAACUUGCUAAUGGACGGUGGCUACAUCAACAACCUGCCAGCGGACAUUGCAAGGAACAUGGGCGCCAGAACAGUCAUUGCCAUCGACGUGGGUAGCCAAGAUGAGACAGACCUCUGUAACUAUGGUGACAGCCUUUCUGGCUGGUGGUUGCUGUGGAAACGAAUCAAUCCCUGGGCUGAGAAAGUAAAGGUUCCAGACAUGGCAGAGAUCCAGUCUCGGUUGGCCUAUGUCUCUUGUGUGCGGCAGUUAGAGGUGGUAAAGAAGAGUGCUUACUGUGAGUACAUCAGACCGCCCAUCGACCGCUUCAAGACCAUGGACUUUGGCAAAUUUGACGAGAUCUAUGAUGUGGGCUACCAGCACGGAAAGUUGCUGUUUACUGGCUGGGCGCGAGGUGACAUUAUCGAGAACAUGUUGAAGGACCACCGCUCAGCCGACUACAAUGACAGCAAGAGAACUGACUCCGGCACAGGAGCAGACUUCACUGACCUUGCAGAGAUUGUUUCCAGGAUAGAGCCAGUCCAAAGCUACGUAGCUGCAGAAGCAGACGAGUCAGACUGUCUGACAGAGAAUGAGGAAGACGGGAUGGACACGGUGAGAGAGGAGGAAGGGGAGGAAGAGGAGGAGGAGGAGGCAGAGGACACUGAGGAUCACUCCCCUGGAGAGUGGGGCCAGAAUGGAGUCUUUCAGACUGAUGAGGAGAAAUGUGUGAGAAAACGCAGGAAACUCACCAGUGAUUCCAACACCUCCGAAGUCUCUGACUGUUGACAGAGGGCCUAUGAGGAGUAGAGGGACUUUAAACAAGACCAAGGGCCAAAUAACGGGUCCAUAAACUGCCAAGUCAAGAAACUUGGACGCUCAGCUCCUGCAACUUGUGAAACUCUGAAACACUGGUUUGGUUUUUCUGCAGGAAAUCACCGUUCAUGCCCUAAAUAGUUGAACCUUCUUUGCAUCAUGUGGCUUCCUCGUCGCACUCACACUGGCUUCACAGUCAAGAAUGACCAUGGUUUUGAAUGAGAACGGUCUUUUAAUGUUUACCCCACCCAGCAGUUUCUCUCAUCACUUUCACACCCAACUGACACAUUGCCAGAAUCCCUGCCUGCCAACUCCUAAACCUGCCAAAACUGGGACUCCUCUAGCAACCUACACAA